GUAACAAGGUGGCUGUCGGUGUUACUAUGGAGACGUCUCGUAUGACAACAGCGUUUCAGUUUGCACUGACGUGAAGGUUUUCUCAUUAGUCAAAGCGAUGGCAGAGCAACCAAUGCCACGCGAGUAAAGUUCUUACGUUUGUGCAGCAAAAAAACCAAGAUGGAUCGUUUGCAACAGAUGGAGGAAAACUCUGUCUAUAACAUGACUCAGAAGAGAGAAUACCCUUUCCCACCACCUUUAACCAGGGCUUGUGAUACAGAACUCUCAGAACUGUAUCAAAAAGUGCUGAGCCACAGCCAUCACCCACCUAUUCUUCAGAUGAAUUCAAGGACCUUGGCAGUUCCCUUUAAAGAGCUGCGUCACCAUCGCACACCCAGCGAGUCUAUUGCAAACAAUUACAGUCCACGGGCCCAGGACCUGAAAAUGAUCAAACUCUGUCAAAGACGACCCACCCUCCGCCAGUCCUCAACAAAACCAACAUUUUCUUCAUCUUUUCCACCUGGAAGAACACAAUCAGUUAUGCCACGAAAUAGGAACUCAGCCCAACCCAGAGCAAAGAGUAUCCACACUCCCAGCAGCCGUCCAAUGAGUCCUAUGGAGCAGCUGGACAUCAUGCGCAACCAAGAGAAGAUGAUGGGAGUCUUGGAGGGAGAGCCAAAUGAGAAUGAACUGGAAACAUACAUGCACUACAUCACGUCUGGUGUCCCCAGAUCUGUGUUGGCUCCACAGCCACUUCAGCAAAUGAAUAACAUCAUGUCCCUAGUGCCACCUGAUACUGAGUAUAGCCUAAAAAACAUCCAGAAUAUGAGGGCUAACAUUGAAGAGGAGGUGAAAAAAGAUUAUUACUUCAGUCUCAAGAAGAGCAUAGUGGACUACAUAUUGAUGGAUCCAUCUGAGCGCCAGCGACUUUCCAUAUCCAGCAUCCCCAAGCCCUUUCCCCGGAGGGUGAUCCGUGCUCCCCUGCCUUGGGCAAUGAGUUUCAGGAUGGCACACAUAUGGCAAAGCCAGCAUCUGUUUACAGUCAGUAGGAUUAUGGUCCUGCUGCAUGAUAUAUGGCUAGACAGCUUCUCCUCUUUGAGAUUCUUCCGACUUGAGGACAUUUUCUCUACUAAUCUUCCCCUCCUACCGACUGAGUUUGAAGAGUUCAUCCAGAAACAGUGCCAAACCGCCAGAGAAGAACUGAUCCAAAUAUGGCUACCUCAAUGUGCAUCCCUGAUUGGCUCCUGCGAGAACCUGUGGUUGCCUCGUACCUGUAUACAUGAAAGCAAAGAUGUUGCUCCAGUUGGAAUCCAGGAGUUCUUCAACUGUGUGGCUGCUCUCAUGUCAUUGCAGCUUCGAAGCAUGGUCAUAGCAUCAUUACAGGACCUGCUAUAUUUUUUUACUCUACAUGAGGAAGGCAAUGACUUUGGCAGCAUAUUUGAUGAGAUGAAGUAUGUUCAGGCUCAGGUGUUGCUGGUUAAGUUGCAAGCAACUGAGUGUGACAUUGACUUUAGUCCAAGCUUCCAGGAGUGUUGGAAGGUCAUUCAUGGCGCCUUCAUGGAAAUCAUCAAGAGCGCUGAGAAACUCCCGAGGGUGGAAUGUAAUCUCUUUCCUGAUGUGAAGAACUUGUUCCUUCGAACCGUCAGUCACAAUGAGUCAUUGGUUACAAACCUAAUCAAUCAGGCAAAGGAUGUUUUUGAUAAGAAUACUGUGGGACCCAAAAAGUAUUUGAAUGUUUAUCAAAAAUACCAUGGUCUACUGGAUCAUACAGCAAAGCAGGAGAUAGCAGCAUUCCUGAAAGAGAAGCACUCGUUAGAGGAAUUUACCAGGAAAAUUGAAAGUAUUCAUCAUUUGUGGAUAGAGAUUGCCUCAAUGCACGUUACUGUGCCACUGUCAAUGUUUUGUCUCCAUGCUGGAAAGCUGAAUGAAGAUUUGUGUGAAUGGGCAGAAAAUCUAAAAGACAAGGUCAUCAUGUUUGAAAUAGAGGAGAACCGAGAGCUUAACAAGCGGAUCUGUCAAAAGUAUGAAGACAUUACCGAGAUUGUCAGAGGCACCCCAGAAACCACGGAGGAGUUGGUAACCCUGACCCAGUACAUUAAAAAGACCAGUGAGGUGACAGUUCACAGUCUGAUAGAUGAGAUUGAUGAGGCAAUAUACCGCCUCAGCUUUCUCCUGGACUAUGCCACUCUGCCAAUGGAUGACUUAAGACUGAACUCCCAAGUUUUCCAGUGGCCCAAUCAGAUCCUAAUUGAACUGGAUAACAGCAAGGCUCGUACUGUCACCAUCAGUAAACAGGCUGUGGACUCUCUUGAAAAGAGGACAUUUGACCUGAACCAGAAUCUGCAAUCAAUCAACGAUAAGAUACAGGUUUUUAAAAAAAAGGAAGUGAUGAACAUCGAAGAGAUAAGGAACAAUGUAGGAAGUCUCUCCCAAAUCACUUCAAACCUGGAAGCUGGUGUCACUGAAGCAGAGAAUAUCAACAAGGAGCAGAGUUUACUGGAGAUGGAGCAGAGCCAAUUUCCAAUGAUACAAACUCUGAUAGCUGACAAACAGCCGUACGAACAACUGUGGACCACAGCACUAAAUUUUCAAAGCUUGUCAGAAGUGUGGAUGAAUGGUCCUUUCCGACAGCUAAAUGCUGAGAAAAUCUCUGAAGAGGUGGACAUUAUGUGGAGGACAAUGCACAAACUGACCAAGACUUUAGUUAAUGUGCCUGGACCAUGUCGUGUGGCUAAAAGCUUCAAAAACAAGAUAGACCAGUUCAAGCUAAACCUAACCCUCCUGACAACCAUCUGCAACCCAGGAAUUAAAGACCGACACUGGGAAAAGAUUAGCAGCAUUGUGGGCUUUGCAGUCAAACCAGAUGAGAACAGCUCCCUGCUGAACAUGUUGGACAUUGGCCUGUUAAAGUUCUCAAACAAGCUAGAAGAGAUUGGAGCAUCUGCCAGUAAAGAAUACUCACUGGAAAAGUCAAUGGAGAAAAUGAAUAAUGAAUGGGCCAACCUCCAGUUCUCUUUCACUCCUUAUAAAGAUAGGGGCACCAGUAUUAUAUCAGCUGUAGAUGACAUCCAAGUGCUUCUGGAUGACCACAUUAUCAAGACCCAGACCAUGCGUGGGUCUCCUUUCAUUAAGCCAUUAGAGAGGGAGUGUAAGCAAUGGGAAGACAAAUUGCUGAGUAUGCAGGACAUCCUCGAUGCCAUGUUGAAGUGUCAGGCGACUUGGCUGUACCUUGAACCCAUUUUCAGCUCUGAGGACAUCAUAGCCCAGAUGCCAGAGGAAGGUCGCAAAUUUGCCGUUGUGGAUGGAUACUGGAAGAACAUCAUUAGCGAAGCAGUUAAGGACGCACGUGUACUGGUAGCUACAGGCCAACCCAACAUGCUGGAACAGCUUCAGGAGUCCAAUGUCUUCCUGGAUGACAUCCAAAAAGGCCUCAAUACAUACCUGGAAAAGAAGAGGCUUUAUUUCCCAAGAUUCUUUUUUCUGUCGAACGAUGAGUUGCUGGAGAUUCUGUCCCAGACCAAAGACCCACUGUGUGUGCAGCCUCAUCUGAAGAAGUGCUUUGAGGGCAUUGCUAAACUGGAGUUCACUGACAACAUGGAGAUUACUGGCAUGAUAAGCUCUGAGAAAGAGACUGUGCCCUUCACAGAAAAGAUUUAUCCAGCCCAGGCCAAGGGUAUGGUGGAGAAGUGGCUGCUGCAGGUAGAGAAACAAAUGCUCAGGAGUGUUCGACAUGUUGUCCAUCAAGGAUUGAUUGAAUAUGCACAGGCGCCCAGAAAGAAGUGGGUGUUGCAAUGGCCGGGCCAAGUUGUCAUUUGUGCUUCCUCCAUCUUUUGGACCAGUGAAGUAUCUGAAGCCAUCCAGACCAACUCCCUGCCUGCGUAUGUGGAGAAAUGCAACAUCCAGAUUGCAGACAUUGUGGAACUAGUGCGUGGGAAACUGCCAGGAGGGGCAAGAAUGACACUUGGGGCUCUUACUGUGAUUGAUGUUCAUGCUCGAGAUGUUGUGGCAAAACUGGCAGAUGAUAGAAUCUCCUCUCUAAAUGACUUUGCGUGGAUUUCCCAGCUGCGUUACUUCUGGGAAGACGAAGACGUGAUGUUGCGCAUGAUCACCACCUGUUUGAAAUAUGGCUAUGAAUAUCUGGGCAACUCCCCACGUCUGGUGAUUACACCACUCACAGAUCGCUGCUACAGGACACUGAUGGGAGCUUUGAAGUUGAACUUGGGGGGAGCUCCUGAGGGUCCCGCAGGAACUGGCAAGACUGAGACAACAAAAGAUCUUGCAAAGGCCUUGGCUAAGCAGUGUGUGGUGUUUAACUGUUCAGAUGGUCUGGAUUAUAAGGCCAUGAGUAAGUUCUUCAAGGGACUGGCUCAGUCUGGAGCUUGGGCCUGUUUUGAUGAGUUCAAUAGAAUUGAGGUUGAAGUGCUUUCUGUGGUGGCUCAGCAGGUCCUUUGCAUACAACAAGCUAUUGCCAAGAACAUGAAGACCUUCCUGUUUGAGGGGACAGAGCUGUCACUGAACCCCACCUGCUCUGUCUUCAUUACAAUGAACCCUGGAUACGCUGGCAGGGCCGAGCUCCCUGACAACCUGAAGGCUCUCUUCCGUACAGUGGCUAUGAUGGUGCCAGACUAUUGCCUCAUUGGAGAGAUCUCACUCUACUCCAUGGGUUUCAUUGAAUCACGCAGCUUGUCUCAGAAGAUUGUAGCCACCUACCGCUUGUGCUCUGAGCAGCUCUCCUCCCAGCACCACUAUGACUAUGGUAUGCGAGCUGUUAAGUCUGUGCUCACAGCCGCUGGGAAUCUAAAGCUGAAGUAUCCAAAGGAGAAUGAAAGUGUUCUGUUGCUCAGGGCACUGAUGGACGUCAACAUGGCCAAAUUUCUUGCACAGGAUGUGCCACUGUUUCAGGGAAUAAUUUCAGAUCUGUUCCCUGGAGUGGUCCUUCCAAAGCCGGAAUAUGACCUUCUCCUCAAAGCUCUCUGUGACAACAUUGCUAAACUAAACCUCCAGCCUGUUCCAUGGUUUCUUGGUAAAAUAAUUCAGAUAUAUGAGAUGAUGCUGGUUCGCCAUGGUUUUAUGAUAGUAGGGGAUCCUCUUGGAGGAAAAACAUCUGCCUAUCAAGUUCUUGCUGCUUCUCUUGGAGACCUUUACAAAGCCAAACUAAUGGACGAGUUUGCAGUAAACUACUGCAUCAUCAACCCAAAAUCCAUCACUAUGGGACAGCUUUAUGGCUGCUUUGAUCAGGUCAGCCAUGAGUGGUCUGAUGGUGUACUGGCCACCUCCUUUAGGGAUCAGGCCAUCUCUACGUCAGAAAAUCGGCAAUGGAUCAUCUUUGAUGGACCGAUUGACGCAGUCUGGAUUGAGAACAUGAAUACCGUGCUGGAUGACAACAAAAAGCUUUGUCUUAUGAGUGGUGAGAUCAUUCAGAUGAGUCCCAAGAUGAGCCUAAUCUUUGAACCCGCUGACCUGGAGCAAGCGUCCCCAGCUACUGUCAGUCGGUGUGGGAUGAUCUAUUUGGAACCUCAGCAGCUGGGUUGGACUCCUCUUAGAGAUUCUUACAUGACCACACUGCCUGAAAGCUUCAGCACUGAACAUAAAGAACUUAUCAUGGAUCUUUUUAAUUGGUUAGUUCAGCCCUGUCUGGACUUCAUAGAGAAAAAUUGUAGCUUUGUGUUACGAACAUCUCCCAUUCACUUGGUUUCUAGCCUAAUGAAGCUGUAUACCUGCCUGAUGGAUGAGGUAUCUGCUGCCGGACCCAAUGAUAAACAGACCCUGACCAGCCAGCAGAUAACCCUGUGGCUGCAAGGUCUCUUCCUUUUCUCAGUUGUAUGGACUUUAGGUGGAACUAUAACUGGGGACAGUCGUCGGAAGUUUAAUGUAUUCUUCCGCAAUCUGGUCAUGGGCAUGGACGAUGAGAGUCCUCGGCCUAAAAGCAUUAGGCUCAAACAGAAUAACAUUUUUCCUGAGAGAGGCACUGUAUAUGACUACUACUUCCAGAAGGAGGGGCAAGGACAGUGGAAUGUAUGGACUGAUUUAAUAAAAAGUGAAGAGAACCUCAUCCCAGCUGCAGCCAAGGUAUCAGACCUCAUUAUCCCCACUACAGAGACAACACGCCAGCUCUUUUUCUUGCACACCUACCUGGCACACGAAGUACCUAUGUUGUUUGUUGGCCCCACUGGCACUGGAAAAUCAGUCAUUAAUCAAAGUUUUUUGGUAAAAUUACCGAAAGAGAAGUACACACCAAACUGCAUCAACUUCUCUGCCCGCACUUCCGCAAAUCAGACCCAAGACAUCAUCAUGGCCAAGCUGGAUCGAAGAAGGAAAGGAGUGUUUGGACCUCCUAUGGGAAAGAAGUGUAUCGUCUAUGUUGAUGACCUGAACAUGCCAGCUAAAGAAAUAUAUGGUGCCCAGCCCCCGAUCGAACUGUUAAGACAGUGGAUUGACCACCACCACUGGUAUGACAAGAAGGACACGUCCAGAUUACACGUAGUGGACCUCCUUUUUAUGGCCGCAAUGGGGCCACCUGGCGGUGGGAAGAAUGACAUUACAGGCCGCUUUACUCGUCAUUUGAACGUCAUCUCUAUUGAUUGCUUUGACGAUGAAACACUGACCAAGAUAUUCAGCUCUAUUACUGACUGGCAUUUCAGCAAGGGCUUUGAUGCUUCUUUCUACAGGCUAGGAAAGAUCAUGGUCCAAGCCACUUUGGCUGUGUAUAAGGAUACCAUGACGAGCUUCCUCCCCACUCCAUCUAAAUCACACUACAUCUUCAACUUGCGAGACUUUGCUAGAGUGAUACGUGGCGUGAUCCUGGCUCCACACACACACAUGCAGGAUGGAGACAAACUGAUACGCCUGUGGAUUCAUGAAGUCUACAGAGUUUUUUACGACAGGCUUAUUGACAAUGAAGACAAGGAAAUGUUUUUUACAAUCGUUAAAGAAAGAACCUUAAGUGUGUUUAAGCAGAGUCUGGACAAGCUUCUGAACCACCUCAGCCAAAAUGGCAAAGUAGUUGAUGAAAGUAUUCGUAGUUUGUUUUUUGGCGACUAUGCCAAGCCUGAGUCUGAUACUAAGGCCUAUGACGAAGUCACAGACUUACAUGCCUUGCAAGAUGUGAUGGAGUUCUACCUCAGUGAAUACAACAAUUGCAACAAGGCCCAAAUGUCUCUUGUAAUGUUCAAGUUCGCCAUUGAGCACAUUUCCCGGAUCUGCCGAGUGCUGAAACAAGAUGACGGCCACCUUCUUCUUGUUGGCAUUGGUGGCUCAGGUCGUCAGAGCAGCACAAAGCUGAGCACCUUCAUCAGUGAUUACAUGCUGUUCCAGAUUGAGUUAACCAAGAGCUACGGCAAGUCAGAUUGGCGGGAUGACCUCAAGCGGGUGAUGAUUAAAGCCGGGAUUGAGGGGAAGAGAUUAGUGUUCCUUUUUACAGACAGUCAAAUUAAGGACGAGGGUAUGCUGGAAGACAUCAACAUGCUGCUCAACACCGGUGAUGUGCCUAACAUCUUUGCUGCUGACGAACGGGCUGAUAUCAUUGAGAAAGUGCAGGGAAUUGCCCGGAUGGAAGGAAAAAAGAUUGAUCCCACUCCACUCUCGAUGUACAACUUCUUUAUUGAUCGUGUGAAGGCCAACCUUCAUAUUGUGCUAGCCAUGAGUCCCAUCGGUGAUGCGUUUAGGAACCGUCUUAGAAUGUUUCCUUCCCUUAUUAACUGCUGCACCAUUGACUGGUUUCACGCAUGGCCAAAUGAUGCUUUGGAGAUGGUUGCCCACAAGUUCCUAGAGGAUGUAGAGAUGGAGCGUGAAAUCAGACUGGAGGUGGUGGAAAUGUGCAAGACCUUCCAAACAAGUGUUAGAGAGAUGUCUGAGAGAUAUUUUUCCAGAUUAAGGAGACACAACUAUGUCACACCUACUUCCUACCUUGAGCUCAUUCUCACCUUUAAAACUUUACUCACUGCCAAGAGGAAUGAAGUUGCUACUGCGAAGGACCGCUACAUUAUUGGUCUUGAGAAACUAGAAUUUGCUGCAUCUCAGGUGUCAGUGAUGCAGCAGGAACUGACAGCCUUGCAACCGGAACUCAUUCAAACCUCAGCUGAGACAGACAAGAUGAUGGUUAAGAUAGAGCAGGAAACUGUGGAGGUGGACGCUAAGAAAGAAAUAGUAUCUGCUGAUGAGAAAGUAGCAAAUGAAGCCGCAGCUGCAGCCCAAGCUAUUAAAGAUGAAUGUGAAGGAGAUCUUGCAGAAGCAAUGCCUGCACUGGAGGCUGCUUUGUCAGCCCUGGACACAUUAAAACCUGCAGACAUCACAGUAGUCAAAUCUAUGCAGAACCCUCCUGGUCCAGUCAAACUAGUCAUGGAGUCAGUCUGUGUCAUGAAAGGCAUCAAACCUGAAAGGAAACCUGAUCCCAGUGGCUCAGGUAAGAUGGUUGAAGACUUCUGGGGCCCAUCUAAGAAACUCCUUGGAGACCUAAAGUUUUUAGAAAACCUCAAAGCCUAUGAUAAAGACAACAUUCCUGCCCCUUACAUGAAGAAGAUCAGAGAGAAAUUCAUUGACAACCCUGACUUCCAGCCCUCUGUCAUUAAACACGUCUCAUCCGCUUGUGAGGGUCUCUGUAAAUGGGUUCGAGCAAUGGAAGUCUAUGAGCGUGUGGCCAAAGUGGUGGCCCCUAAGAAGGAAAGACUUAGGAUGGCUGAGGAGGAGCUGGGAGUACAGAUGAAGAUGUUAGCUGUGAAGAGAGCUGAGUUGAAAAAAGUAGAGGACAGACUGCAGAGCCUGAAUGAUAACUUGACAGCAAUGAUUAAGAAGAAAAAAGAGUUGGAGGACAACAUUGAAAUGUGUUCUCAGAAGCUGAUCAGGGCAGAGAAGCUGAUUGGGGGAUUGGGUGGAGAGAAGGACAGGUGGACAGAGGCUGCAAGGCAACUAGAGAUGAGAUAUACCAACCUGACUGGUGAUAUACUCCUCUCCUCGGGAACCGUAUCAUACCUUGGGGCCUUCACAGUAGACUACCGUAGAGAGUGCCAGAAACAGUGGCACAUGUUGUGCCAUGAGAAGAAAAUUCCCAGCUCUAAGUACUUCAGCCUCAGCAGUACAUUGGGGAACCAAGUGGCUAUCAGGGCAUGGCAGAUCGCGGGGCUGCCAGUGGACUCCUUCUCCACAGAUAACGGUAUCAUUGUGUUUAACUCUCGUCGCUGGCCGCUAAUAAUUGACCCUCAAGGUCAAGCUAACAAGUGGAUCAAGAACAUGGAGAAGGCGAAUAAGCUCUCUAUACUCAAACAGUCAGAUGGAAACUAUGUCAGAGUCUUGGAGAAUUGCAUCCAGUUUGGUACCCCUGUUCUUUUGGAAAAUGUUGGAGAAGAACUUGAUCCUGUACUUGAGCCUGUGUUGCUGAAGCAGACCUUCAAACAGCAGGGUGUUGAGUACAUGAAAAUAGGGGAGAAUGUUGUGGAAUAUUCCAAAGACUUUUUGUUCUACAUGACCACUGGACUGAGAAACCCUCACUACCUUCCAGAGGUGGCUGUCAAAGUAUGUCUGCUGAACUUCAUGAUCACUCCACAAGGCUUACAGGAUCAGCUGCUUGGGCUUGUAGCCGCCAAAGAGAAACCUGAGCUGGAGGAGAAGAAGAAUCAGCUCAUUCUGGAAAGUGCUGCCAACAACAAGCAGCUAAAGGAAAUUGAGGAUCAAAUAUUACAAGUGCUCUCCUCCUCAGAGGGAAACAUCUUGGAGGAUGAGACUGCUAUUAAGAUUUUGUCUUCUUCCAAAAUUCUCUCUGAGGAGAUAUCUAAAAAGCAGAAUAUCGCGAACGUCACAGAGAGGGAGAUUGAUGACACUCGUAUGGGGUACCGGCCCGUAGCUGAGCACUCCUCCAUCUUGUUUUUCUGCAUCUCAGAACUGGCCAACAUUGAACCUAUGUACCAGUACUCCUUGGCCUGGUUCAUCAACCUCUACCUCAUUUCUAUUGCAGAGAGUGUGAAAAGUGAUGAUGUAGCCAAAAGAAUUAGCAACAUUGUUGAGCAUUUCACACUCAGCAUCUACAAUAAUGUCUGUCGCUCCCUUUUUGAGAAGGAUAAACUCCUCUUCUCUUUGUUGCUUACUGUAGGGAUCUUGCAGGGUAAGGGUCAAGUCGAUGACCAAGUUUGGCGCUUCUUCCUAACGGGUGGCAUUGCUUUGCAUAACUCUUACCCCAACCCAGCCCCAGAGUGGCUGUCUGACAAAUCUUGGUGUAGUAUUGUUGAAGCCUCCAAAUUGCCAAACCUGAAUGGGUUUUUUGAACACGUCCAAGGCAACAUCUCUGAAUGGAGGAAGCUUUAUGAUUCAGGGAAGCCCCAUAAGGACCAGCUGCCUGACAAGUGGAAUGAACUGACGGGGAUGGACCGAAUGGUUGUUAUUAGAUGCUUCAGACCAGAUAAAUUGGUUCCAGCCGUGCACGAUUUUAUAGUGGAGAAUAUGGGACAAGCCUAUAUCGAACCACCCACCUUUGACCUGGCAGGAAGCUACAAAGACUCCAACUGUUGCUCACCACUCGUCUUUGUGUUGUCGCCAGGAUCAGAUCCAACUGCAGGUCUGCUGAAGUUUGCCGAGGACUUAAAAAUGGGCAGUAGUAAGACCCAAACCAUUUCUCUGGGUCAGGGACAAGGACCGAUAGCAGCUCAGAUGAUUGACAAAGCCAUCAAAGAAGGCACCUGGGUGGUCCUUCAAAACUGCCACUUAGCCACCAGCUGGAUGCCCACUCUGGAGAGGAUCUGUGAGGAAAUUAUAACUCCAGAAAACACACACACUGAUUUCAGGCUGUGGUUAACGAGUUAUCCAUGUAAUAAGUUUCCAGUAAGUAUUCUGCAGAAUGGGCUGAAGAUGACCAAUGAGCCUCCUAAAGGAAUAAGAGCCAACCUGCUGCGCUCCUACCUGAGUCACCCCAUCUCAGACCCAGCCUUUUUCAGCAGCUCUAAAAAACAAGUCAUAUGGCAGAAACUAAUGUUUGGUCUCACCUUCUUCCAUGCACUAGUACAGGAAAGAAGGAACUUUGGACCUCUGGGUUGGAAUAUUCCUUAUGAGUUCAAUGAGUCAGACCUGAGGAUUAGUAUCAGACAGAUCCAGAUGUUUUUAGAUGAGUAUGAUGACGUUCCACUGGAGGCCCUCACAUACCUUACAGGAGAAUGCAACUAUGGAGGUAGAGUGACAGAUGACAAAGACAGACGAUUGCUGCUGUCACUCCUGUCCAUCUUUUACAGUUGGGAUCUGAUAGAGCAGGAAUGCUACCACCUGUGUGAAGGAGAUUUUUACUACGUCCCAGCUCAUGGCUCAUAUGAGACGUACGUCAACUACAUUCGAAGUCUACCAAUUUCUGCCGAUCCCUGUAUUUUUGGACUUCAUAGCAACGCUGACAUCACGAAAGACAACCAAGAGACCAAUCUGCUCCUGGAGGGAGUACUGCUGACUCUGCCCAGGCAGGCAGGGGGCGGGGCUAAGUCUCCUCAGGAAGUAGUGGAUGAGCUUGCAGAAGACGUCUUGUCCAAGCUACCCGCAGAUUUUGACACACAAAUGGUGAAUGGUAAAUACCCGGUCAUGUACGAGGAGUCUAUGAAUACUGUUUUGAGGCAGGAAGUAAUACGCUUCAACAGGCUCACACAAGUCGUGAGGGCGAGCUUGGUAAAUGUCCGCAAAGCUCUGAAGGGCCAGAUUGUUAUGUCUGCUGAACUUGAAGAUGUCUUUGACAGCAUGCUGGUGGGCAAGGUGCCCGGCAUGUGGGCAGCAAAGUCAUAUCCAUCUCUCAAACCGCUGGGGAGCUACGUGACGGAUCUGUUGGCCAGACUGCAGUUCCUACAAGACUGGAUAGACAGUGGCCCACCCACAGUCUUCUGGCUUUCUGGCUUUUACUUCACCCAGUCAUUUCUUACCGGGGUGUCUCAGAAUUUCGCAAGGAAAUAUACCAUUCCAAUAGACUACAUUGGCUUUGAAUUUGAAGUAAUGGAAGAGAAGACCCACUUUGACGAGAAGCCGGAGAAUGGAACCUAUGUUAAAGGCCUUUUUAUGGAGGGGGCACGCUGGGACAAGGAGAACAUGGUGAUUGGAGAGUCCCUCCCCAAGAUUCUCUUUGACUCUUUGCCCAUCAUCAAGCUCAAACCGGGAGAAAUGACUAAGUUCACACAUGAAAACAUCUAUGCUUGUCCCGUUUACAAAACCAGUGCUCGCAGAGGAACCUUGUCCACCACAGGCCACUCCACCAACUACGUCCUGUCCAUGGAGCUUCCCUCUGACAAACCACAGAAACACUGGAUCAACCGUGGGGUGGCGUGCCUCUGCCAGCUGGAUGACUAAGAGCGGGGAACAGCUGUUUACUCUGAACUAUUAAACUCACAUGCCAAAGAAAGUGUCUUCAUGCAGAAAUAAACUAAAAUAAAGCAGUAAUUAAU